UGUUGGUGGUGGUGGUGGGGGCUGUUCUCUGUGCAAGAGUAUUAGUGGUGCUAAAAGCAGUAAUACCAUCGGAGCGAAGUUGGUUAUGAGGACGUGUUGCUUUAAAAGAACAGGAGAAGAAAAGGUAGACGGAUCGAAAAGAGAGGGUUAAUCCAGGAGGGGGAUUUUUUAGCUCCUGAGGAAGUCUGACCGUCCCGACAUAGUUACUUGCAGACAGCAACACGGAUGCACCUUUAGGUUUUUAGACAUGUUUGGCAAGUUGAAGGGCCUCCUCAGUGGCCCGCAGUUGCCAGCGGCUUCAGGGACCCCUGACCCAGCUCCAGCUCCAGCUCCAGCUCCAGCUCCAGCCAAGGAGGAGAAGCCAGCAGCCGAUAAGGAGAAUGAGGACAAGAAAGUGGACAAAGCGCCGGACCCGGCUCCAGCUCCAGCUCCAGCAGCGGCCCCAGCUCCAGCUCCAGCUCUGGCUCCGGCACCAGCCUCUGCUCCAGCACCAGCCCCCGCAGCAGCUCCAGCUAACCCUGAUCAAGCCAAACCUGAGGGACAAGAGGAGGCACCUCCUCCACCUCCACCCAUCGUCAUCAACAAGUACUCUGACGAGCAGCUCAGAGCCAUCGUCACACGCAUGAGGGAGAGACUGCAGCUCUAUAAGGACAAAGUGAUUGAUCCCCAUGCUUCAUCCCCAGAGAUCACCCCUCCUGUCACACCCCUGCUGCGCAAAGACAACUACGCAGAGGUCAUAGAGGAGAGGAAAAGACAAGCAGAGGAGGACCGGAUAAAAAAGGAGGAGGCUGAGAAGAAGAAGAAAGAGGAGCAGGAGAAGAAGAAGAAGGAGGCCGAGCAGAAGAAGAAAGAGGAGGAGGAGAAAAAGAAAGCAGAGGGUAAAGAAGAGAAGAAGGAGGAGAAGGACAUAAAGACCAAGCUAAGAGAAGCUGCCUGGUACGCAGUGGACACUAUGCUGAAGCCAGUUGAGGACAUGAUGGACCCAGUGCUGGGAAACACCAUGGACCCCUUUACAGACCGCCGCUACAUCGCCUGGCUGAGCUUGGUGACUCUGGCCUUCAACUACAACACCUGGUUUAUGACGGCCCGUCUGUGUUUCCCAUACCACACUGAGGACACCAUCCCUUAUUGGUUCGCCCUGGAUGUGCUGGCAGACCUCAUCUACCUCGUAGACUCCGUCAUCUUCCAGUCACGCAAACAGUUCGUCAAAGGAGGAGACAUCAUAAAAGACAGAGCCAUGACGAGGAAGAACUACAGAGAGUCGGAUAGAUUCAUGAUGGACAUGGUCUCCCUCAUCCCAUUCGACCUGCUGUACGUCCAGUUUGGAUUCAAAUCCAUUUUCAGAGCCAAUCGCCUCCUGAAGGCAGAUACGUUUUUUGAGUUCAGCGAUCGUCUAGAGAGCAUCAUGGCCAAGGCGUACAUCUGGAGAGUGAUUCGGACCAUCGGCUAUCUCCUCUUCAUGCUCCAUAUCAACGCCUGCUUCUAUUACGUGGCGUCAGACUACCAGGGCAUUGGGACAACUAAAUGGGUCUACUCUGGUCUGGGCAGUGCGUACCUGCGUUGUUACUACCAUGCUGUCCGCAGUCUGAUCAACAUCGGGGGUCUUAGCGAACCCCAUACCGUCUUUGAGAUUGGCUUUCAGAUGAGUAACUUUUUCGUGGGCGUCUUUGUGUUCUCCAGUUUGAUUGGACAGAUGAGAGAUGUCAUCGGUGCAGCCACAGCAGGACAGACCUACUUCCGAUCCUCCAUGGAUGGCUGUGUGGCCUACAUGGUGAACAACCGCAUCCCCUCUUUGGUUCAAAACCGAGUCCGCACUUGGUACACCUACACCUGGGACGCUCAGGGCAUGCUGGAUGAGUCCGAGCUGCUGGAUAAGAUGCCUCUGGUGAUGAGGACUGCCAUCGCUGUUGACAUCAACCUGGCCACCUUUCAGAAGAUUGAUCUUUUCAAGGGCUGUGACCAGCAGAUGUUAGUAGACAUGUUACUCAGGCUGAAGUCUAUUGUCUAUUUACCUGGAGACUUUGUCGUAAAAAAAGGGGACAUCGGUAAAGAGAUGUACAUCAUUAAAAGUGGAGCGGUGCAGGUGGUGGGAGGACCUGACAACAGUAUUGUGUUUGUCACACUGAAGGCUGGUUGUGUGUUUGGAGAAAUCAGUCUGUUGCAGUCGUCCAAAGAUGGAGGGAACAGGCGGACAGCUAAUGUCAAGGCCUACGGCUUUGCUAAUCUCUUUGUGCUGGAGAAGAAAGAUCUGUUUGACAUCCUGGUCCACUACCCAGAGUCUCAGAAAGUGUUGGCCAGGAAGGGAAGGAAACUCAUGAAGUCCAAGGGUCCAGCAGCAGCUAAAGCAGAAGAGGACAAGAAGAAAGGCCUGGCCCUGUUCGGACCCAAACCGCCCACACCCAAACUGCUGCGUGCUAUUGGUGGAAACGUGAACAGGAACAUUAUUGAGAAGAUGAAGGCUGCUGCUGCUGGUGGCCAGUGAGAACUGUAGUGGGCUUACUUUUUCUUAUAACUCCUUUUUGGGAGUGAAUGUACAGUUUUGUUUUGAACAUCUUACUACUCUUUUGUAUUGAGUGUAUUUCAGGUUAUGUUAAAAUAAUGUUUAAAGCUGAUUACUUCUGUAUUUCCUGGGGUCAGAUAUCUGGUUCGAUAUGCUUAGACCACCUGACAAAGCCAAGCUAACUGAGACAACAAGCAGAUUUAAACACCAAAACUGUAUUUAAAGAUAUAUUUCUAAACUAUUAUGAGAUGUGCAAUAUUUAAUCUGUCUGUGAACCUCAAAUACGCUUGUUGUACCUUGUUAACUUUUGUCUGUCUGCUUUUAUUGACUGUGUUUAUUUGGUUUGCCAAUGCACAGUGGUUGUAAAAGCCUAACAGAGAUUAUCUGUCAUGACAAUUGGUAACUGUAUUGUUCACAAUGAAUUUGAUCGAUUUGGUCCCCAUCAAUAUUUGCUUAAAUAAAUAAUUCCCUUGCAUAACUUCA